AUGCCGGCACGGGCGCCGCUUCUCACCGCAUCUCUCCGCCCGCUCGCGAGAUUCGCCUGCAGCACGGAACUAGCGUGGCCGGCGACGCGCGGAGGCUGUGAUGAAGCGGCCUUGCCAACGCUGCCUUGUGAAGGCGAAGCCGGCGAGUCUUCGACUUCUUCUGAGCUCUGCUGCUUCCAGGCCUUGAGAGCCAUGAGGCUUCCCCACCUUCCGCGUCAGCACCUCGGUGUGAUGGAGUUCGGUAUCAGCUUGGCUCGGUCCACUGAGCUCGCCGUGCACGGGUCACAGGGCAAGUGGACCAGGAAAUCCGCAACGCUACGAAGAAUCGAUGCGUCCAUCUGCACCUGGGGCGAGGCUUCCGCCAGGCAGAUCAGGCAUUGCAUUUGGGGGGCCUUUGUUGUCUUCUGGCAGUCAUCCACAAGCCCGGAGUAG